UUGAUUCCUGGCAUCACAUCAGCGACCGGUAACCGUCGUAUACCUCAGCCAUGUGUGGAGGCUGAUGCAUGCUCGCCACUUGUUGCUUCUGUAUGAUUGAGUGAGGUGUACGACUUCCAUGCGGUGGAUACUGUUGGUUGCGGGUGUGGAGCUCUGAUGUCACCUGGAGCCCUAGCUCCAUGCUUAGAGGUAUCAAUAAGGUCAACACCAGAUCGUAAUGCCUUGGAAGUUGGACCUUUACCUCUUAUAUGCAUCGGCAAGCAUGGAAAUAGACAAAUGGGCGUGGGAAGGGGAUGGUGAUGAUCACAUAGGCUGGUGUGAUCCUUAAGGGUGGCAGCAUAACCUUGUUUUACAGAGAAGAGUCUGAAGAGAAUAGCAACCACUAGACCUCAGGAUGAUGAGAUCUAGGACCAGUUAGGUUCGUGAGGGGACCAAGUGUGGGUCUUCAUUUCAUGUGAUCCGAGUCUGAGCAUAUUCACAAUGUGGGUUUUGAAGACGGGGGCAGGCUUUGGUUAUUGACCAUUAACUAAAUACUAGGGAAAGGGAAGUUGUACCUACCACACCAGGUUUUGGUGCAUUUCACGGUCUUCACCUACCCAGAACGAGUGUUGUAGAACAGUCAUAACCACCUGUAAGUGCGCUUAGUUAACUGGCCUAAUAGCUUGUUCUUAAGAGUCCAGGGAAGAGUUUAAGCAUACGAACAUAAUUGGACGAAAAGUUUGUUCUUCAAAGUCACCAGAAGAUUUUAGUCGGAUGACUAGUGUUCCCACAUGAUAGUGUCUUAAAACAUCGUUAAUUUGAUGUAUGACAAAUCUUCCCCAAUAGAAUAACUUCGUCUAAUAUUCGUUCAAUUCAGAAAGAGAUUGGGCACAUAUCAAACGAAGUGGUGGAGAGUGGACUCAAAGGGAGCUAUUGUUGCUUCCUGAAGAAAGUAGAGGGGAAAAUGACGAUUGUUUUGGGUACAAGUCCUGCCUGUCUUGUGUGAACCUAGUUUUGGAAAGUUUUAGUUUUCUCUAUAUACAAAGCUAAUGUUGUGGAGGCCCUGGUAUAAAUCUAGAAAAGAAUAAAGCAAAACACAAAGCUACAAUCUAAAGAAAGACAUCAAAUUCUCGCUUCUUGUACAAGUAGUACCAAUAUUGAACAAUGAUGAAUUGAUGAUAGCACAUUAGCUUAUAACAGUAGGUUAACUACAGAAACAUAAGCCUAAGAUGUUGAUCUGCCAUGGAUGUCAUCAGUUCAUUACAAAUUUCGGCUCACUCGUGUUUCCAAAAGCUCUGCCAUGCAUAUUCUUUCAAAAGAUCCUGUUUAUUUCUUCUCCUAUUUCUUCUUUUACCAGUAGUUUUUCUGGGUGUGGUUACAUUGAUCAUAAUCUUCGUCAUGAAGCCCCAAAAGCCAGUUUUUUCACUCCAAGAUAUAAGCGUGGAUUCGUAUAAGCUCAAUGCCUCUUUGGGUCCAACCUUGUUUGUCUCAUCAGUGAUCACAAUGACCCUUAAUGCUCAAAAUCGUAACAAAGUUGGUAUCUGGUAUACUUCUUCCCACCUCGAAGCUCUUUAUGAUGGACUGCCUAUGGGAACGAUUCGGAUUCCCGGUUUUCUUCAACCUGCUCAUAGUAGUAAUGUGACUGUGGAGACGAGGCUUCUAUUUCCAUGUGUGAAUGCCAGCCAAAUUUUAGUAGAGGCUUCAUUGCAAAAGGAUCCCAGGAAAAACACGUUUCAGAUGAAAAUAGUUGGUGAUGUUGGAGCUCACCUGCUGGUAUUUCACAUAAUCCUUUUAAAGAUCAAGGUUGGUCUGGAGUGUGACAUAAACAUUGAUUACAAAGAACUGACCAACAGAAAUGAAGUUUACAACACCAUUGGAUCUUUUCCGGCGUCUUUUGUUACCAACUCCCAGUCCUUGUUUAUGAACUGCACAUUGGCUUUGUACAUAUAGCUAGUAGAAAUGAAAAUUACUGAAUUGACAGAAAACUUGAACAUGAAGUUCUCCUUAUGUGUUACAGUUACAGUUUGUUAUG